AUGACGCAGGAUUCUAUCAAGGCAUUUGUUCGAGAAAAUUUCGGCAAAGACUACCUCCCAGUCUAUCACGGCCAUACAAACAUUAUCUCGCCACUUGCGCUGAUUGUUAAACGAAAGCGGUCGUUGUGGAAGCGCCCCUUUGGUAAAGGAGAAAUGGUCAUUGUUGGUGGAUUGCACAGAUAUCUUACUGAAGAGAAGGAGAAACACUUUAAAAACUACUGCCGGUCAAAACUUAUGAAAGAAAACAGGAAUUUGGAAAAAACAGAAACGAGUGAUGUCAGCAGGUCAGAGUUAUCAUUCUUUCAAUAAACUCUUUAUAAGUACUGCUCAUGCCCCGUACGGCUUGUUCAGUUUCCGACUGUGCUGUGCACUUCCGCUAAACAGGGGCCAUAAACGGUUAUUGGGACACGCAGUAAAUCAAGCCUUAUCUUUGCUCUCGCCUCAAAAUGUUAAGUUUGCCUUUAGGAAAAAUUCCUUGUCAUGCAACAAACUACGAGCCCUUUCGCGCAAAUCUGAGUUUAGAGUAAAGCUUGAAUGGUCAUUGGGGACUGGGGAUCUAGGACCAAGUACUGUGUACUAGUACUGUGGAAUAGGAAGAGGUAUGUGGAAAAUAUGGAGUGGAGUGUGGGAAAUGGGGAAUGAAGAGUGAAGAUUACGGAAUGGAAAAUGAGACAUAAGUAUGGCGAAAUGGGAAAGAAAUUGGAAAAGGGAAAAUGAUGAGGAUUGAAGAGUGAGGAAAAGCGAAAAAGAAAAUUGAGAAUGAUCAAUGAAGCUAACAUUUUAAGAUUUUUACAGCUCCACUAAGUACUAAGUGAAAUUUUCAUCGAACUGAAAAUAACUGAUACAUUGACAGGAAUCUUGAUAUUUCGCUUGAAAGCUUGGACGCUGGGGGACUGGAACUAAAGUUAACCGACAUUCUGGGGGACCUGGAGCUUGGCAAGCUUACAGAAGAGUAUUACGUGGACGUAGAUUUGCGCGAAUUGUUGUCACACGCUGUGUUAGAUCCUGAUAAGAUGACACCAUUAGAGGGUCACCAUUUGCGUCUUGUAACAGCUGUGAUGUAUAGCGCCAAGUUUUUUCUUAGAGGCAACCGAAAGCAUCAGGUAUAGUUUUUCGUAUCAGUGCAGGUUCUCGUUCAAUAGAGAAUCGGUUCAUAAGCUUUUUUUGGUUAUUAGAGGUUUUUCAAAAGGUAAAACAUGGCAUACAGGGUGGCCCUGAUGGUUAGUUCGCUGUACCCUGCGUCGAGAGGUCUGGGUUCGGAGUACGGAGUAAGUCAUUGUAUUCUGUUCUUGAGUAACAGACUUAACUCUCUCUUCUACUGCUACUCUCCACUCACGAGUACAAGUGGAUGACGACAAACCGUCGGUGAAACGUCACGAAAUUCUUGGAGAGGGGGGAUAACCAGCAAGCCUCCCAGAGGUUGUAAUAAUACCCCAAAUUGCUUCGAUAAGCUCUAGCUAGCGGCCACGCAUUGCACUCAAAAGCAGAAUUUAUUUUACUUAAAGAAAACAACGUAAUCUGAAAAGGAUUCUCAGAAUAUAGCCAAUAAGGUAGGAAUCUACUCUUAGAUUAAGGAUGUUCGAGGUGGGACAAUCUUCGUGGAAAGUGGCUGAUUUUAGCGAGUACAAAUACCUCUAAGAAAAAACCUUUAUUAAAGCGAGCGGCCCACUUACGAAUUCAACAAACUGCUUGUACCAUGUUUAUGAUGGUCAGUUACGAACGACAGGAUACACUCGAAUACAAAGAUGAGAAAAACUACUGAUGCAUGUAAACUCAUUUCAAUAGUACAUUGCGAUAUCGAGGUCUCAUUCUACCUGGCAUUAUUUCAAAUUUUCCUCUUUCAGGCAACAGUUUCAGGAGAUGUCCACACACCCUCCAAGCUAGCCUGGUUAUUAGGGAAAGAUUCCUUAGUAAAAGGAAGCGUUACAAACCAGUCCUACCUUCCGCCAAUGGUACGAAGGAAGUCUCGGGCGCCUUUUCUCUUUAAAUUUUGUCGCGUAGCCUAUAACAAGGAAGGGAAAAGGUUACAGAUUCAAGAUGGCGUGUUUGUUGGCAAAUCCUUUCGGAGUGGUGGUGGACGCGAAGAUGUCAUAUCAGACGAACAAGCAGCGUUGCAUUUAGAAAUGGAAGAAAGUUUAAGUCCAGGUAUUGUUCUGGUUUGGUUAAUUUAAGACUUUCUGGAUUGUGAUGUAGUUCUCUUAUAAGACUGGAAAGAAAUCGUGAAAUUGAUAAACAUAUGGCGGAUCUAGGGAAGAAUCCCGCACGGGAGGGCCAUGAGAGACUUAAGUCAGUUACAAAAUGAUCUACUCUAUCCGCUAACGGUCUGGGUAACAGAGUACCAGCCAGAGCAGGUGAGAGUACUAAACCUGUGAGUGUGUUGUUUAUGCAGACUACAAGAAUGGAAGAUGGUGAUUUAUAACAUAGCUAGUAAAUUCGUCUAAUCAAAUUCAAUUGCGCGAGCGUGCUUCAUAUUCCUAUUGUGUACGCUGAUGACGUCAGUAAACAAAUCCCUCCCGAAAAAAAAUUUUCCAUCGGGUUGAAAAUGUUAUAAAACAAUUGGUUCAUACGUCAGCGUGCGUUCAUCGAGAUAUGAAGCACGCGGGCAGUUUGGAGAGGACGAAAGAUGCGUAAGAGUUGCUCGAGGUUAAAACCAGAGUGAAUUCUCGAGAGUCUAAAAUCUUAAGUAUCUCUAAGUUAAACGAGCAGAACAUACAUCAAUUUCCUUCAGGUCUUUCUUAUUAUUUAAUUUUCACAAAUUCAGGUGGGAUUUUCCUAACAGAGAAAGAUAAUGAAAAAGUAGAAGAUGUCAGAAAACUUCUGAUCACUGCAGAAAAUGGUACUCAGCUGAAAACACAGAUAUUUACGUAUUUAAAUUGGGUAAGUUCUGAUAACGCCCUACAUUCCAUUACUAACUCUUAAAAUAACGCGCCAUACUAUCUGCGUCAUACUAUCCGAGUGAAUAAAAUUAACUCAGUAAGACACUCAACUCUUCCACUCAACUGACACGGGGUCUCGCAGAUGAUAGUGGCAGCUGUGACACAAAAUUACAGGUUCAGAAUAGCCGAAUCUAUCUGGAUUUUUCCUGCUACGAAAUACCUUAUCACUUCUAUACCAACAAAUUUUAUCUCUAAUGAUGAUUUUUUUAAGUGUGGAUAUUUUAACAACGUUUCUUGACGGUGAAGGUCUCAUUUGAGGAAAAAUUGACGAUUUUCGGAGAGGGAAGGGGAGGGGAGGGAAGUACCUGACGAUAGACUGAAAUGGGAUGAGCUGCCCUCAUAGCAACGUGCUUCCACUGCAGACUCCAACUUUACAAUGUCCUUCAUCAGUUUGAACAGAUUUUGACAAGUGACUCAAAGCUGUUACUAUUCGGCAAACCACUAACCAAGGAUGAUUGUGACUUUCUCCAAAAACUUGGAAUUCGAGCCAGGCCAAAGCAGUUGGUCCUGAGAUUAGCUUCAGUGCAGAAAGACGUGAUCCAUGAAUAUGGCUGCCUGUUGAAAUUUAUUAGCGGUAAGAUAAAAAUGAUAUCAUCAUUUAAAACGAGAAUUUAAUCAGGGGGAAAAACGCUUUUAAGUAUGGUGUAAUCUAACUUAAAUUAAUGAUUUAAUGUAAAAGAAUCAUACGUUUUAAGUUCAUUAUUCAGCAACAGAUGGAGUGUGUUAUCCCAAUUAAUUUGACGCAAAUUCUCUGAUUUGACGCAAAUUCUCAUUAAUAAUAAGCAAAAAGGUUUAUAGUAGCUCGAAAGGAGAAGUGUUAAUCCAAACUUGGCAACUGAGGAUUUCAAUUCUGUAUUGUUAAUUUUCAUUUGGCUACCGAAAACAAACCGGGAUUGCAUUUUUUUUUUACUUCACUGUGAUUGGUUCUGAAAACUCGCACCACGCCCUCAACAAGUCAUGGAUACGUAGCAGCAAAGUUCAGAGAAAACCCCUGUGAUUUAGUUAAAGCUGAAUAGAUAAGGAAAGUUCUGCCUUAUUAUAAUUCUGGACUUCAACAUUUCAAUUAUUAUCUAUAAGAAUUUUUGUAAACGGAGACAAACUUUUCCGUGCACGCUACAGAAAACCGUACUCCAUGCUUGCGAAGUAGCUGGUGUAGUGUUUUAAACUGAACCAAAUAGUUAAGUGUAUAGUUCCACGUUGUAUUUUACUGAGGGUUACUCGGGAGUUACUUACAUAUUUUAAUGAUCCUUCUCACUUUUUGAUCCCCACAGAAGCAUCGAAAGAAAACUGGGAAGAACUUCUUCAAAGCAUGAUGGAUUCAGGGAAAGGCGAGGAAAAGAAUGAAGAUAUGGCUGUAGCAGAACAAUUACUCUAA